AUGAUCUAUUUUAUUGCUAAAUUACAGUUCAAUUCUGAAAAAACUCUGGUCACUGAUGACUUGGUACGAGGGCAGUCAUGGAACCAUUUUGAGAGACUCGCCUUGGGAGAGUACGGUACACGAGAACGCCUUUACUACAUUGUCGGUUACGACACGAUGACAACUGUAGAUGACUUUGUUCAAAUAAUGAAUUAUAAUCUUUACUUCUUCAAUUCUACUCCAUCAAUUUCGCGAAAUAAAACCGAUCUUGACGAGGCUGUGCCCUACGCACAGUCCUUGCGAAAUUUGGGCAAGCUUGUAAUUGUUGCAUCUUGUAUGUCAAAUGGUGAUGCAUUCCGGUAUUUGACAGAAGCUGAGAAUAUCAUAACGUGGAGCGACUGCACAAAUCGAGACAAGAUUGCUGAAAAUAUAAUGAGUGCCUUAGACCAAACAACAAAUUCCACUGUCCCCCCAGCGCCAACCACAACAACUACCACCACUGUCACUACUACAACCACAUCACCGAGUGUUACCACUAGUGUUUCGUCGGCAACCACCACGUCAUUCAGACGAACCGAUCCAACACAUGUGCCACCUCUCUCAUGUAUCAAAGAUGUUGUUCUACUAAUUGAUAGUUCAAGUGCUUUAAAAGAAGAACAAUUUAAUCAAAUGAAAAACUUUAUAAUGCGAGAUAAGGGUCUUCUGAUGAUGCUACCGGUGUCUCCGGACCAAAUUGAAUUAGGUGUCUACUCAUAUUUUUCAUCAAUUAACCAAAUCAUCGACUUUGAUACUUUUGGCGUGGAUGAAUUGAUCAGUGCUAUUAAUACCACCUUAACGCUAACUGGUGGUAAACCGAAUCUUGCGCGGGCACUUCGCUUUGCCACUGAAAUUCAUCACAAACGAGGUCUAAACGUCAAUACUUUUACGCUUGUAUUAGCUGCGUCAAGCGAAACAGCAGAUUCUAAAAUGGCCAAAGACGCCGCCUAUAAUCUUACAUCCAAUGGAAACGUUCUGGCCACACUUGGUUUUGGUACUGGUGAUCUAAAGCCUUUGAAUGAGCUCGCCUCUUCGCAGGAUUUCGUUUUUACCUCAGAAACAUUCGAUGCUUCAAACGAAAUAGCACUUAAGAUAAGAGAUGCUAUUUGCUUACCGGCACCAACACAUGCAACAACUCCUACAACACAAUCACCGACACAGUCUACUACGGUACAUCCAGAUCUUAAAUGUAAAGCUGAUAUAGUUAUAAUGAUUGAUACGUCGAAUGCAUUGACUUCAUUAGACGCUUAUGGAAAGGAAAUUGAUUACAUUCAAUUAAAACUGUCACCAUCUUGGAAAAUCGGCGUUGAAACGACGGAAGCCAAGUUGCUUUUGUACGACAUAAGUUCUACAGAAACUCAUGGGUCUUUCGCAAUUAGUGACAAUAACGAAUUUGACAAAAUUGUGGCUUUAGUUCGCGAGCACUUUAAAGCUGCUGAUCCGUCAAUCACAAACGGAAUCUCUUUGGUUAAUGGACUUUUCAAUGAUUCUCGCAAAGAUGAUGUUAAAAAAGUGCUACUGUUAUUCACAUAUUCGAGCUUGCACACUGAUAUAUAUUCAGCAUCUGAGGUAGCUAAGCAGCUUAUCGGAAAUUCUGUGAAUAUCGUUGUUGUCGGAGUAGGUGGGAAAGUAGACCGGUCGUAUCUAGAAGCACUUUCUGGUACGGUAUUGAAUUAUGCUUCACUGGACAAUGUGGACGCAAAUGCGAUUAAUUCCAAGUUGUGUUUGAAUCCAAUUCCACCAAAACCCCUACCACCCACUACGACUACAACGUCCACAACGUCAACAACGAUAACUACAAUUACUCUUCCGCCGCUAACAACAAGUUAG